CAGGCGGCGGCCACCCGAGAGAAACACGGCGCGAUGCCUCUUCGCUGCCAACAGAGCCCGGUGCUGGCGGGCAGCGCCACUUUGGCCGUCCUGGGGGCACUGGUCCUGUACCUGGCGGAGCCCUCCGGCUACGGGAAGUACUCAGAGAGCCUGACGUCCUCGUCUAUCCGCCUGCCUGCCCGCGCUGCCUGGUUCCUGCAGGAGCUGCCCUCCUUCGCGGUGUCCGCGGGGAUCCUCGUUCGGCAGCCGCGCUCUUUCUUCAGCCUGCCUGCUACUGUGCUUCUGGGCCUCUUCUGCACGCAUUACUUCCACAGGACAUUUGUUUACUCAUUUCUCACUAGAGGGAGGCCUUUUCCAAUUGUACUCCUUUUCAGAGGCUUUGUCUUCUGCAUGGGAAAUGGACUCCUCCAAGGCUACUAUCUGAUUUACUGUGCUGAAUACCCUGCUGAGUGGUACACAGACCUACGGUUUACCCUGGGUGUCUUCUUGUUUAUUUUGGGAAUGGGAAUCAACAUUCAUAGUGACUAUAUAUUGCGACGGCUCAGGAAGCCUGGAGAAGUCACUUAUAGGAUUCCACAAGGUGGCUUGUUUACCUACGUUUCAGGAGCCAAUUUCCUUGGUGAGAUCAUUGAAUGGAGCGGCUAUGCCCUGGCCUCUUGGUCCCUCCCAGCACUGGCAUUUGCAUUUUUCUCACUUUGUUUCCUUGGGCUGCGAGCUUUACACCACCAUAGGUUCUACCUCAAGGUGUUUGAGGACUACCCCAAAUCUCGGAAAGCCCUCAUUCCAUUCAUCUUUUAAAGAAACCAAGU